AUGUGGGAUGCAGCCAGAUCUAAUUUCGAUAUUUUAUCUGAAUUUGUUGAAUUAACAGGCGAGAAGAAGCUAUCGAAGGUUAUAGUGCCGGACAAGUGGAAGGAAGGUGCCAGUAACACCACCGAAGGCGGUGGCCGGAAAAUGAACGAGAACAAGCUCCUCUCCAAGAAGAAAAGGUGGACUCCUUACGGAACUACCAAGGGCUUCAUUUGCAAGCAGCAAGUACACCAGGAUGGCAAAUACUGUCACACUUGUGCGUACUCCAAAGGAGUUAGUGCGAUGCGCGGGAAGCAAGUACUUGACACCAAGCUUUACAAACAAAGUAAUGUAUAAGGCAAGUCAGAUGUUUGGUUGACAGUCUAUUUGGUGCGAUGACUCGUAGAAAACUUGUUGAUCUCAUAUAAUUGGUACUCGUUCCGAUACCCCUGGUCAUCAAGCGAGAGCAUUUACUUAAUUGUAAUUUUCAAAGGGAA